CCAACACUGGUCGUCGUUUCGUUGUCUUGUGGAAAAGUUGGGUUGCCAGUGAUACUUUUCGAUUUAAUUCAUUUUCGCGCUGAUUAAAUGCUUCCUCCGAUCCGCCACACUACUCCGAAUCACCAUUAGCACGGGUGGCCACGCCGAGCGAGCCCCCGGAGAAAUUCAAAAGACUGAAAGCCCCAAAUAGAAACCAAAUCGCUGCACCUGCACAGACGUGUCUGUGUGCAUCGCGAUUUCUAAUCACUCGCACGACUUUCUUCCACGAAAAGAGACCAGAAAAGGGUCCCCAAGCCCAGCCGCAGAGAAGUGUGCCACUUUUUCGCCCCGCACAACGCCGUCCAAUCGAAUUCCGUAAGCCAGGCAGCAAAUAGAAUUAAAUAACAGGGGCACGAGGGAAAGAGACGGAGCACCUGGCGAGGGGCAGGGCGUUUUUCAGAGUGUCGCUUUUAUUCUGGACAACGACGACGACAAGACCGAAUAACAACACCCAAACAUGAAUGGACAGCCGCCCAGCGCGGGCCCAUCCAAGGUGGACCUGUACAUCACGCAUGUGGAUCACGUGGGGCCCUACCUGAAGGUCUACGGCCAGGUGAACCGGGACGCCGCCUUCCUGGUCAGCAGGCGCAUCGAGCAGGUGCUGCCCACAUGCUUCGCCAUCGAGCCCAGCUGGUCGGUGGAGCGCCAACAGGCCCUCCUCACGCCCGGCACAUUUUGCAUCUUCAAGAGGACCAACGGCCCGGCUCCGGGCGAUGUGGAGUACAUGCGGACUCGGGUGGCCAGCGCCGAGCUGGAGGGUCAGCAGAUGCGCACGGAGAUUGAGUUUCUGGACUUUGGCUUCAAGCGCACUGUGAAUUGUCAUGAUUUGAUGUUCCCCAAGCAGCCCAAGCUGCUGCAGAACAUUCCCCUGCUCUGCUCCCAGUACAUUGUGCAGGGCAUCUGCGCCGACUGGGACAAGGCCGAUCUGGCGGUGGUUAACCAGCUGAUAGUCAACCAGACCGUUCAAAUCGCCAUCGAUCCCACACAGAUCUGUGACCAAAAGUUCGCAAGCCUGCGCUGGAAGGACUUCGAGCUCAGCGAGUUCCUGGUGCAACAGAAGCAAAUCGGAGCCCCGAUGAGCAGGCAGCUCAUGAUGGACCACUGCAAGAAGCUGUGGAAGGAUGCUUCACAGACGCCGGUCGCCGAACACAACAACAAUAGCAUACACAGCUCAAAGACGCCCACGGACAUUGCCCGUGACCAGCUGGCCUCGCGUCGAUCCCUGGCCGCUCGCCUGGAUGCACAGCGCUCGAUCCAGGUGACGCCGCCAAGGCCGUUAAAUGUCGAUGCACCAGACUAUACGCCCAAACAGCUGCCUCUGGCCAAUGUGACUAAUGUACAGGUGCCAUUGCAAGGCCUGGCAAAUACUCAGAAACCGGCCUAUGUGCCGGCCAAUCCUUAUAAUCGUGCCAAUUACCAGACCGCAGAGCCGGCUGCUCAACCCUAUGUGCCCAAGGCGCAUCCCCGAUCGCUUUACACCUACUACAAUGUUCGGAUGAACAAACCGAUGCCGGCCAUGACGCCGGUCCCUCCAAAUGUGCCCAUUCAGCCCUACAACCAACCGGCCAAUUACGUCCCGCUCAGUUAUGCUCCCGCACGCUUCACCCCGCCACCAACACCGUCGUUGGCUCAACGGGCCCAGCAACGCACCGUUCCGGCCUUUAGAACCACGAGCUUGACGGUGGGCCUCACGUACGACGUGGAUAUUAGUUAUGUGGAGAACGGUCCGUAUUUGUUUUGGGUGCACCUGAAGAGCAGUGGAAAUGAUCUGAGCGCGAUGAUGGGCCAGAUUGAGCGAACGAAGCUGAAACCGCUCAACCAAGCUCCUGAACUUGGAACUGCUUGUGUGGCGCGCUUCUCCGAAGACGGCCACUUAUAUCGGGCCUUGGUGAGCGCCGUCUACGCUCAACGUUUCCGCGUCGUCUACGUGGACUAUGGUAACUCGGAGCUGCUGCCGUCCAGCGAUCUCUUCCAAAUACCCCCAGAAAUGUUGGAGAUCAAGCCCUUCGCCUUCCGCUUUGCGUUGGCCGGAACCAAGGAGCUUGAGCCCAUUGAUGAGAGUAUGAAAAGGAUUUUCAAGAAGUCGGCCAUAUACAGAAACUUUGAACUCACUGUCCAGGCGCCGGAGAGCGUCGGCUCCAUGCAGACCUGCCACCUCAACCAGAACGGUACCAAUAUGCUGGAGCUACUCAGACAACUAAAGAACUCACGUCAAUCCUACGCAAAGGCUGAGCAACUGCAGAAUGACGACGCCGUGGAGAUCCGCUUCAUUGAUUCGCCCAGCAACUUCUAUGUACAGAAAGUGGCCAACAUCGCAAAGUUUGAGGAGCUCAUGGACGAGAUGUUCUCCUAUUACAAUGCAAACCAGAAGGUUCCCGAUCAGUUGAUCCUGGGCGCACCUUGCAUUGUAAAAUGCGAUCAGGAAUGGUACCGUGCGGAGAUCCUGCGCGUUGAUGACUCUGUAAUUGUGCGGCACGUAGAUUUUGGCUACGAACAGAAUGUGAAACGCCACCUUAUCGGCCAUAUAGCCGAGAAGCAUUUGCAGAUGCCGCGCCAGGCAAUCAAGUGCUGCCUAAAGGGCUUUGAAAACAGUGAACUGAGCGAGAACAAGAUUACCGACCAGUUCGAGAUGUUGGCCGAGGAAUCAAAUAUCCAACGUCGAACAUUCAGUGUGCGUAUCUUUCGCAUAGAACCUGAUGGUCUGAAUGUGGUCAACCUGUUGGCCAAGAAUUUGAAUGUGAUGAAGAAGCUCUUUAAGCUUUCCAUGCCCUUCGAGCAGUAUCUGUCUCUGGAGAAGGGCCAGUUCAAUGCCAACAACACGCGUGCUGAGUCUGUGGUUUCUUCUGAGCUGGAUAAGAGCCUCAUUCUCAACUCUACCAGCAUUGUGGAGAGCGAGGAUCGUUUACAGUUGCAGGAAAAGCAGCAGCAACAGAAGAGAGAGCAGGUGCAGCAGCCACUAGUGGUUGAGAUUCCGCAGCCGGUGAGGGCAGUAGGUGGAAGCAAAAUCUCCCCAGACUGGGAUAAGCGCAGCUCCACGUCGGCGGGCUCUAAGGACAGCAAGCGUCAGCAGCAGCAGCAAAGUCAGCGGUUUGAUCGCCAUUUGGACUCUAGCUUUGAGACGCAGAGCAUCAGCAGCUACACCAGUGGCAUGAGUUCGCCACGCAAGGGUAACAGACAACAGAACGGUCGCACACCGAUUCAGUCACCACGGCAUAAUGGUAAACAAGAAGCGAACAAAAUUGCACGCUUCAACAACAACGAGUCCCCACGGAAGAAUCAAGACGCCCAGCAGCGGAACCAGCGCUCCCAGAAUGCUCCACAGGGCUAUGCCCAAAAACCGCAGCGCCAAAAGUCCACUUUAGACGGAACCCCCAGCUCGAAGCGUUCCAGCGGAGUAGAGAGCGAUGCUGCCUCUUCCACCACCGAGUCAGUGGCAUCCACCAAGCCAGAGAAGUAUGUUUCUCUGGACAAGCCGUUUGUGCUGCAGGAGUUGAAAACUCCUGGCAAAGAGGUGGCUAGUCUGUCCUGGUGGGUCUCGCCCUUCCAAUUCUACGUGGUGCCCAAGUCGGCCUCCGCAAAGUACGAUAAUGUGCUGCGCGACAUGAGACAAUUCUACCGCCAGAAGCCACAUCAGCCGCUUCAGCUGAAGGUCGGAUCCACUGUGGUGGUGCGCCAGCGAAAAGACAACGCCAUACUGCGAGCUACAGUGACCGCCUGCAACCACAUGAUGCGCAAGUACCGCGUCUUUUGUGUGGACACAGGCAGCAUGAUUACAGUCACUUCGGAGGACGUUUGGCAGCUGGAGCAGCGCUUCGCGGAGGCACCCUGCAUGGCCCAUCGCUGCAGCUUCCAUAGUGUGGUAACCAACUAUGAUCCCCUGUACAUUGUGGACCGCAUGGAGAAAUUCGUUCCAGUCAAUGCCAAAGUAGAAUGCGAGUUUCUGUCCAAGGAAAAGAGCAACCAAAGCUCACAUAACACCAGUAGUUGCUCUUACACAGUCAACAUGUUUGUAAAUGGAGCAUCGCUGCGAGACACCCUGAUCAAAGCUGAAUUCCUAACUGAGGUGGCGCCCGAGAUUCGCGUAAACCUUCUGGCUGGUCAGCAGAUUAGAGGCAAGUUCACUACUAUUAGGGACAUGACGAGCUUUAAGGUUCAGCUUGAUUACUGCAACAAUGUGAACUUCCUGUGCAGCUACGAUGACGCAAAAUUUGUUAAAUCCAAUCCCGAUUUAGCCAGGCGAUUCAAGGAAUUCUACGAGGGAAAAUCGUUUGCCUUGAAUGUCAAGAAUGUGUGCGAAAACAACAUUCUGCAUCUGAGACCUGUAAUGCCGUUGUUCAAGGAGGAUCGCAAGUCAUUCAUCUGCCCCUAUCCCGUAGUGCUGAGCUCAUUCCAAGCACUCGUGGUGUACACAUCCAAGCCCUAUCGAGUUUACGUCCAACCCCAGGCAAUUGUAAAGGUCAUGCAGAAUCUUUUGGAUUCUAUGUUUGAGCACUAUGAGGCCAAGGGUGACUCGCUAAAGAAAUACGAAGCGGGCCAGAUCUGUGCAGUUCGCAGUUCUGAUGGCAACUGGUACAGAGCCAGAAUUUCUGGAAAGGAUUCAAAUGCAGCGCGCCCCGAGGUAUUUUACGUCGAUUACGGCAAUACGGAGGAAAUAAAGCGUGACGACAUCAAGGCAUUGGACGAUAAGUUUUAUGAGAAUGCCAGCGGCUUUGCAGUGGAGAUCAAUUUGCCGCUUGGUCGCCCCAGUAACGAAGCAAAACUACAGGCUCGUCUAUCAGAGAUUCUUGAAGAAAAAGUGGUCACCGUGAAAUCGAUUGAGGUGCGUCGUAAUCACCUCAUUGCCGACAUCAUGUUGGAGAACAAUCAGAGUGUGAUAGACCUGCUAAAGGCCGAGAAACUAAUUCCCGGCCAUGAUCUGGAUUACAUGCGCAAGCAAAUGGAGAAAGGAAAGUCGCGCACCUACGAGUACAUUGAAACAGUGGACUUAACCCAGGACGACGAGGAAGAUAAGGGACGCAGGGAAGCUGGCAGCAACAGCAAGUCGAGUUCGGCAAAUGCCUCGCCUAAGAAGAAACAACACAAUGACAAGGAUCGGGAGCCGAAGAAGACUAAGCCAGCAGAGCCGGCUCCUUCUCCUGCUCCGUCCCCAGUUCCAUUGAAAGCUCCUACGCCGGUUCCUGCGGAACCAGAACCUGUGCCAAAACCAGCCACUCCAGUUCCCGUGGCUAUAGAGCCUGAACCGAACCCAGUCGUCGAAGAGCCUGUGCCAGAGGCAGAGAAGCCAACUCCUCCAAAGGAAGAUCCCUACAAACACUUGGACAGCUUCGUGCUUAGCCAUUGCGACAAUCCAGCACAUUUCUUUGUUCACCCGAUCGAUCAGCUUGAAAAACUACACCAGCUGCAGGAAAACCUCCAGAUUGUGUCUCCUUCCCUGCCUCAGUUGAUGAACGUGGUGAACGGUGCCGACUGCGUUUCUCUCUAUUCGGUGGACAAAUGCUGGUAUCGCGCCAAAAUCAUCGAUGCCGAACUUAUGGUACUACUGUUCAUCGAUUUCGGCAACACGGACUGCGUGUCGGACACCACUGACAUCAAGGAAAGCAUGUGGUCGCACGUCGAGCCCUUCUGCUUGCCAUGCGCGCUCCCCAUUUGUCCCAAGGGCACUGCGGAUUGGGUGGAUGCAGCGAACGGCAUUUUCAACGAAUCAUAUACGAAGUUCCUGCACUUUGAUUACCUUACCAAAGGUGAUCAAUAUACGACCAGCUACGUUAAUGUGUACAUCGAGGGCGAAGAUGUGGCUAAAAAGUUGAUUGCCGAUGGCUUUGCUAAACCCCUGGAAUACGUCUCCAGUGGAUGCAGCUGUUACAUUUCGCAUGUGAACGGAAUUUCGGACUUCUUUAUUCAGCUUGAACGAGACUCGAAAGCGCUGGAACUGAUUGAGAUGUAUUUGCGCGACGAGGAGAAACUUAAGCCCCUGGAGCGGUUCGAAAAGGGUUGCAUUGUGGCUGCUCUGUUUGAAGACGACGAGCUGUGGUACCGAGCCCAGUUGCUAAAGCAGUUGCCAGACUCCCGGUACGAAGUGCUCUUCAUUGACUACGGUAACACCUCCAUCACGUCCAAAUGUCUGCAGCUCUCCGAGGAAAUUGCUGCUGUGCCUAGUUUAUCCAAGAAAUGUUCGCUGCAGUUGCCAGAGGACUACACUUCUUGGAGCCCAGAGGCGGAGGCUAAAUUUGCCGAGCUGACUGGCGAGGGUGAGCUGGUGUUUACCACACAGCUUCUGAAGCCAGGCCAGGAUCUUGUCACCAUUGAUCUCCUCUUGGAUGGAGAGAGCAUCAUCGAGCGACUGCUGCCCUUGUGCCAGCGAAAGGAACCAAAAGAAGCCAGCAAGGAGUCGCUAGCUGUCACCACUAAGGCCAUAAUCACACACGUGGAGAGUACCUCCCAUAUGUACCUGCAGUUCAGCGAGAAAGAUUCGUUGAUGGAUAUUAUUUGCGAGAAACUAAAUGGAACCAAGUUGCAGCCCAAAACAGAAAAGGGUUCGGUUGACGAGCUAUGCGUUACUCAAUUUCCCGACGACAUGGAGUUUUAUCGCUCAAGAAUUCUGGAAGUGCUCGAAGAUGAUCGAUACAAAGUAAUUUUGGUUGACUAUGGUAAUUCGACGGUGGUGGAUAAGCUGUACGACAUGCCCCAGGAGUUUGCGCUUAUCAAGCCUGUGGCUGAGAUCUGCAGCAUGGAACCCUGCCCUCUGUUUGAGAAAAAUAAGGCCCUGGCCAUUUCAACACUCGACGCGCUGCUGGACAGCUGCAAUGGUGUUGUGGCAGUGGAGUUUGUAGACAAGUCAGCCAGUCCGCCAGUGGUCAAACUGACGACUAAGGAUAAGAAGAUAAAGAGCCUGAACAUCUAUGAUCAGCUUCAGAAGCUCAUUGAAGCGGAGUUAAAACUGAUCCAAAAGAGGAACGAAAAUUCGGAAUGUGUCAUCACACACGGCAGCUCUCCGAAGAGUUUCUAUGUGCAUCUGAAGCACAAUUCCGCUGAUUUGGAAUUCAUCGUUAAGACACUGCAGUCUGUGAAGAAUGAGCAAUUGAAGAUAUUGGACACACCUAGCAAGGGCUCGAAUGGCGUUUGCUACUCCCAGGAGGAUGCCUGUUUCUACCGCUGCAGUAUCAAGUCUGUGUUGCAAGAGCACAAGGGCUUUGAAGCCUUUUUGUUGGAUUACGGAAACACUCUGACCGUUUCGGAGAUCUGGAAGUUGCCCCAGGAGAUAGACAUAAUUCCUCCGCUGGCUCUGCACUGCCAAUUGAGUGAGAUUCCGAAGGAUGUGUCCGAUGAAAAGCUAGAGGAGGCCUUUGCCGCCUUGCUAGAACAGCACUUUGGGGAAGUUUACCAAAUAACCACCCAACCUAACGAGGAUGAAACGAAACCACUGUCUGCUCAGCUGCGUAUCAACUACAAGGACUUUGCCCAGGAGCUGGCCAGUACAGUGGCCGGGGUGCAAAAACCGGUGGAAGCCGAGCUACACAACUGCGUUGUGGUGCAGUACGAUGAUCCCCGAUCCUUCUACGUGCAGAUGGAGAGCGAUGUGCCAGCGCUAGAGAUUAUGACUGAUAAGCUCCUGGAUGCAGAGCAGGAGUUGCCCGUCUUUGGCGACCUCAAAGAGGGAGCUUUAUGCGUGGCCCAGUUCCCUGAGGAUGAGGUCUUCUAUCGCGCCCAGAUUGUCAAGGUUUUGGACGAGGGCAAGUGCGAGGUGCAUUUCAUUGACUUCGGCAACAAUGCUGUGACCCAGCAGUUCCGCCAGCUGCCGGAGGAGCUGGCAAAACCGGAGCGAUUCAGCAAGCACUGCGAGCUGGAGGCGUCCACAAUGGCCAAGUGCGAUGUGGCCCUGCUUCAGACCUUUAUUGACUCUCGCUUCUCCGAGACAUUCCAGGUGGAGAUUCUGGCCACCAAGGGAGCUGGCACCCAUGUCGUGCGGCUCUUUUAUCAGAGCAAGAACAUCAGCGAGAAGCUGCAGGAAAAUCAGUGAUCACCACGUAAUAACUGACAGAUCGGUCGGAUUGCAAUUCAUAUACACUCCGUGCAGGAGAUUGUGAUUAGUUUGGCUAAAACACGCGUUGUAUUAUCUAUUUACUUGAACGAGUUAAACUUAUUCAAACGGGGGAGGAAACCCCACGACUUCGAUUAGCCAAGAUGCUUCAUUGACUUUUCAUGGAAAACCAUAAUGAAAGCUAAUUUUAAUUUUAAUAAUUGAAUCAAUACAGAGAACGUUAUCACCAAAAACACAACAAAACGAAAAAAUCGAACAAAAAAAACGAAAAAACAUUUAGAAAAUGUACAAAAACAAACGAAAAAUAUUGAGAAAAACAAACAAAAAAAGAAAUCUAGUUAAAAUUGGCACUAACCAGUUAUGUUAGUAGCCGUACGGGCGAAGGACGAAUUAUGUAAUUGCUCAACCUUGUGUAAAACAAUUUUACAUCAUCAACGAACGUUGGCGAGUUGAAGAGAAGUGGAGAGAAUAUUGAACCUCCAGAAGAACUAUUUAUUUUCCCUUUAUAACCUAAUUUGUACUUUCAUUUCUCGAUUAACCAGCUGAAGAAUCACUUAUUAUUCACGUUUUUGGUUUUUACUUUUCAUUACCUAAACAAAAAAAAACAUUGCAAAGCGAAGACUAAGAAACGUAAGGAAACUAAUGGAAUAUGGGUUUAUGUAUUAAAACCUUUAAUCACAAUGUCAUAUUUUUCUACUAUUUCUUUUUCAUGUUGUAAACAAAAUAUUAAAUCGAACCAAUAAACACGAUGAAAAGUAAA